UUUUACUGAAUUUUACUGCACAUGAGUAAACAAACACAACUAUUGUGCGGCAAACGAGAGGAGCCGGCCGGUCACCAUUUGGCAAUUAAAUAUAUAAAAUAGAAGAUAUAUUUAGUAAACUUCUGCAUAUUUUUGGAACACAACUAUACAAUUAAGAAAGAUACAUUUUUCAAAGGACUAUAGACAAAAAUGGAGAAACGUUAUUUGGAAAACCCAUUCCCUGACUUUGUCAGUGCGGAAAGUACAUCAAUAGAAUUUGACGAAGAACACGUUAAGAAUCUUAUUUGCACCUAUGUUGAUGCAAUUUUGGAGAGUUGUCAACCAGGUAACGCAGAUGAAGACCACAGGGGCGACUUAUAUGUUGGAAACGCGGGAAUAGCCUUCAUGUUUUGGAAAAUGUCAAGAUCGGAAAAGGCCAGGGAACUGUAUUCGGCACUUGAGCACGCAGAGACAUUUAUACGCAAUGCGAAAUGUAAUGCAGAUCGAUAUAAAAAACGUUCAGCGGAAAGGUACUCAUUUUUAUGCGGAAAUGCCGGAAUUUAUGCUGUAUCUGCUGCAAUCUCUCAUGAUUUGAAACAUAUGGAAGAGUUGUCCAACGAUUUGCAGAACUUUAAAGCCGGAAUCCCUUCCAGUAAGGAAUUUAUGCAUACUAAAUAUGGUUGCGAUGAGGUUUUGGUAGGUCGGGCAGGUUUUUUAUCCGGUUGUUACUGGUUAAAUGAUAUACUUUGUGAGAAAAAAAUUACAGAUGACGAUAUAACAUCCAUUUGUCAAAUGAUAAUUAACAGCGGGAGAGAGUAUGCUAAAAAGACUAAAGCGCCAUUACCUCUUAUGUAUCAAUAUCAUGGCACAGAGUACUUAGGUGCUGCGCACGGCCUAUGCGCUAUUCUGCAUAUGUUAUUAGAUAGUCCAUGGUUUCGCACAGAUCCCAUAUCUGCUCCCAGCGCGGAAUUACGUGAUAUUAAACGUUCAAUAGACUUCUUUCUAACACUUCAAGAUUCUGAAGGUAAUUUUCCCGUUGCACUUGAGGAUCUAAAAAGUGGACGUGAAAAACGAUUGGUGCAUUGGUGUCACGGGGCCCCAGGUGUAGUUUAUGUACUUGCUAAAGCAUAUAUAAUUUUUAAGGAGGAUAAAUAUUUGCAAGCAUUGCGACGUUCAAGUGAUUUGGUAUGGAAAAAGGGAUUUUUACGCAAAGGUCCAGGCAUUUGUCACGGUGUCGCUGGCAACGGUUACGUAUUUUUGCUGCUUUACCGCUUAACAAAUGAACUAAAAUACUACUAUCGAGCCGUCAAGUAUAUGGAAUUGUUAACUGACUCUGAAUUCAAGCAUCGUGCACGUACUCCUGAUCGGCCACAUAGCUUGUAUGAAGGUGUAGCUGGCACUGUAUGCUUCUUAAUAGAUCUACUUGAUCCGGAUCAAGCAAAUUUUCCUUUUAUGGAUGUUUUUCAUUAAAUUUCUACCAAUUGAAAGACUGAUGGAUACGGUGUUGUAACAUAUGGUACGAACAUGCUUUGUACUAUUUGGCAAAUGCCCACAGCGGCGGUGGUAAUUGCAAAUCAUAUCAGGGAAAACUGGAGUGUCAGAUAUGUAUAUUUUAUUCAAAAAAUAACUUGUGUUACCCUUCAGAACUUGAAAACAAAUCGAUUCUGUAGAAAUCAAAAUCGUAUGCAAUAUUUUGCAAGUAAAUACGAUAUGGCUAUUGAAAGCAUUAAAUUUCUGGAUUAAAAGGCAGAUAUAGUUGGUUUGCUAAGGCGUUUGCUUAUAUUCUAUUAUACCCAUAGUUAAUCAAAAAAUAAAAAUAAAACAUCAUAUGCAUACAUCCAUA